UCCGCGGCUGUUCUGCUAUCAGUAAAUCGAGAAUGGAGACUGAUUGCAAUCCUAUGGAGUUACCCAACAAUAUGGGCUUUGAAGAGGAUUCUGAUUAUAGAGACUUUGAAGGAACAGAUGUGAAAGAUAUGAGACUGGAAGCUGAAGCUGUUGUGAAUGAUGUUCUGUUUGCUGUUAGCAAUAUGUUUGUCUCAAAAACCCUUCCUUGUGCAGAAGAUGUGGCAUAUAUCAAUGUGGAAACCAGGGAAAGAAACAGAUACUGCCUGGAGCUCACUGAAGCAGGACUCAGGGUAGUAGCUUAUGAUUUUGAUCAGACUGAUGACAGAUUGCAAACUCCAUACCAUGAAACUGUCUACUCCUUACUGGACUCUCUCAGCCCUGCGUAUCGAGAGGUGUUUGGAAAUGCACUAUUACAAAGGCUAGAAGCUUUGAAGAAAGAUAGUCAGUGAUAGUCAUGAUUUACCCAGAUGUGAGGAAGGUUUAAUACUAGAAGGAAUUCUUAGUAUGAGGCACUGAGACCUUUCUUACAAAUGUAGUCACAAACAUCUUAAACUUCAUUUAUUGCAUUAAUAUCCAGUUCCUGCUAGUACUGCUCUAUAGCAUUUUGGUACAGUGGAUUUGUGUAUAUCACAAUGCUAUUAAAAGCCGCUUAAUUUUGCUUUCCUUUUGUUGUAGGUGAGCAAAUAAGUUGCUGCUUAUAUUGCUAAAAUUUGGUCUCUUUUCAAACUGUUGUUAUUGAAAACUUUAAAAAAUAUAG